AUGGCUUUGCUUCUGAGUGUUGCUUGCGUAUCUGUGGCUUCUCAAACAUCACAAGAAGUUCAACCUGGCGGUCCUGAAGUUAAUGCUGAUGACUGCACUUCUGAAUUACGUGAUUCUCCUGAUUCUCGCUGCCCUAAAAGAACAACAGAAGCUGCUCCUUCUCUUCCUGGUCCUGCUGGUCCCAUAGGUCAACCAGGUGUUGAGGCUCAAGGUUCUUCUUCAUCCAGUUCUUCUAGUGGUGGUGUUCAGGAUGCACAAGUGCAAAGAGUACAGCAGGGCCAAAAUAGUUUAAAUGACCAUAACCCUGAGGGAAGUGUCAGCAGCGGUACAAAAACGAAUCUCGGCACGCCAAAUCAGGGAGGUGGUCAAUCACAAAAAAACAGUGAGGGACCAGAUGCAAAUAUAAAGGAUGCUGCCAAUGCCAAAGAUGGUCCUUCAGAUGGUGAUAAAGGAGACGCUGAGAAAAAUGAUUCUCAAAGUAAUGCAAGCAGUACUACACAUACUACAAGGAAACCAACUGAAGUUUUGCACUCAGAAGAACCUUCAGCAGCCACACCCCCAAAUACAGGUGAUACUCCUUUUAACAGUUCAACUGCGGACAAUACUGUGGGUUCAGAUGCUGCAAACGAUGUGAGUAACGCUGCCACUUCAUCUGCAGAGAGUGAAUCAAUAAGGAACCAAAAUGAAGAAGGAGCAGGAAAUACAGAAUCAACUACCACAACAACACUUCCUCCUGAACUUGCAAACAACAAGAAGGGUGAUGCAGACAGCAGCAGCAGUAUCAUCAGUUCUGUGUGGGUGCGUGUACCACUACUGAUUGUGGUUACACUGGCCUGUAUUCUUGUGUGCUGA